UUUGGGUUGAGCAACAGUGGAGCGUUGAAAGACCCUCAUCCAGAACUAUCGGAUCAGGAGCUCUUCUGGACAGUGGAUCAGUAUGACUUUGUCAUCAUGCUGUGUGCCGGAGAUCUCCAGUGCUUCUGGCACUUUGCUCACUAUGGUGAGAGCUUCUACUUACACUUCAUGAAACAAUGGUUGUCUGGUGACUGUGUGGCCCUUGAUAGACAUCUGUCUGUGAUUGUUAAUGCUCCGAGCGGAUUAAUAAUCGGCACAGCUGACGAUGAAAGUGCUCAGAUUGUCUUCAGUGUUGAGGAGACUGCAGGUUUUUAUCAGAUGUGCUUCAGUAAUUUCCACAAUCGCUUUGGGAUCAUGCAGGUUUUCCUAAACUUUGGUGUGUAUUACGAGGGACAAGAGAAGAAAAAGGAAGAAGAGGAUAUGAAACAGAUAAACAUUUCAUUGUCCUUUAUUGUGGUAAUAAACAACUGCAUCUAGCAGAAACAAACACAUCCUUACUGUAAUGUGGGCGACAAACCCCGCUGUUAACAAACACUAAACCUGCGACUGCUUCAUCUCCAUUUAUAACCUGAUCUCCAGUAAUUAUUUGAGUCAUAAACAGCUGUUUCUUCAACAUCAGACUUUUUAAAAUGUGAAAUGGGUUUAUUUAUUUAUUGUUCCUUUUAGUAAUAACAAGGUCUUAUCUGAACUUUCCCAGUGUAUCUCCAGAAACAAGAGAAGCAGUGGAUUCCAGUAACAUGAAGCUCCUGUGAGGACGCUGAACAUCUGCUGAUGGAGCUGCUCUAUUCUGAGAGGAACAGAAUCACCUGAUGAUCAAAUAUGAGUUUCACUGUCCACACUUUAUUCUCUGAAAUGAGUCAGAAGAGUUGGACUAAUGGAGAGAUGAGGUUUGUUCAUGUUCAUCAGUUUAUAAUGAAACACUGUCAGUGUCUGAAGCCUCUGGACUGCUGAGAUCGUCCUUGACUCGGUUAGAGAGUAAGAGCUCCAAGAGUUCAAUCCACAAAACUAUUAAUGAUACGCUGGAUUCAGAAAACAGGUCACGUCUGUGAGCAGUUGUGUUUGUAUGAAUGAAUGAGGGUGAGUGUGGUCUGAAACAAUGACAAAUUAUGCAAAUUUGACAUAAAUAUGAACAAUCUUUCUGUUAAACUGUUACAGAUAUUAAACAUUUAUCAUCAUAAACAUAAAUGAAUAAUAAAAAAUCAACCAUCAUGUGAAAUUCACUGACACUUCCACAUAUAUCAUGUAGUGUGACAAAGUAAUCUUAAUCUGAAAUCACAUACUCUCUUCAGUAGGCACUUAUUUUGAUCAAGUAAUUACUUCACGAUCGCUAAAAAAGUAUGUUCUGUAUAGUAUGAGUGUGUAUGAAUGUAAUCUGGACGUACUACAUCUGCCAUGUUGUCAUUAUCUUCAGUAUUACUCAGAAGUCUUUCAAAUAUAAUUAAUUCGAAGUGAUGGUGCUUUAUGUAAUGUUGUCUAGCGUACGAUCCUGUUUGACAUUUGUGAUGGCUACUGUUUACAGGCCACCAGGACACCAUACAGACUUUAUCAUAGAAACAUUCAGACUGUGAAUUCAGACAUACUUCUGUUGUCACAUACUGUUUUUCGCCUAUGUAGUAGGGAAGAAUGUGAUUUUGGAUGCAGUCACGGUCUUAAAGGAAAGGUGUGUAGAUCUCAGUUAUGUUAAAGUCAUGACCCUCUAGUGGUGAAGUAUGGAAGAGCAAUUAAAGGGAUUGACUUUCCUACAGUAAAUAAUACAGAUAAUAUUGUAGUGUAAAGUUUUGCAGGGACGAGCACCACUCACAUUUUCUCCAGAUUUUAGUCCAGUUUAGUAUAAGGGAUAUAAGAUUGUAUGUUACAUGUUUACUUAAUAAAUCAUAAUAAAUAAAGUCUAAAAUAAAGGUGUGAUACACCAUUGUGUUGUCAUCAGCAGCUGCAGUAACAUAAACACAAAAGUCAUUAUAUUCUAUGUAAAGCUGAGAAUCUAAGCUUUCAAAUGGUACCAUAUUAAGGCCAAAAGUGUUAAAAAAUUAAGUGCAAAUGUUAUGACGUCACACUGCGGCCCACCCACGGGCUGGUGCGGGUUAAGAGGUUAAUACAUCAUAAUAAAUAAAGUCUCUGGUACUUGAAUACUGCAGUUCUUCUUUACACCAUUGUGUUGUUUGUGAUCCUCCAUCAGCAGCUGCAGUAUCUCUCAGCUGUAUCAGUGCAUCACUGUGACGUCUGACUGACCGAGGUUUUUGUACCACUCUUUAUCACU